AUGGCGGAUUUCGAGGGUCAUCCCAAGACAGGGAGUAGGUACACCGUACAAGAUGUGGAAGAUCAACUACCCCCACAUGCAGGUCCAUCAAACGACAGCAUCCCAGACGAUGGACAGAUCGUGACCCAGCGUGAACGCCAAAGUCUGAUUCGCGGCCUGGGUCAGCGUCAUAUUCAGAUGAUUGCCAUUGCGGGUGCAAUUGGAACUGGACUGUUCCUCGGACUUGGUGGGUCUAUCGCUACUGGCGGUCCUCUAGGUGCCCUGUUGGGCUAUAUGUUUGUCGGCAUAAUCGUCUGCUGCAUUCAAUUUGCCCUGGGUGAAGUUUCAGCACUGCUUCCAGUCACUGGAUCUUUUGUUCGACAUGCAGAGGUCCUCGUGGACCCGGCGCUUUCAUUUGCGAUCGGAUGGAAUGUCGUGUAUGGAUGCUUUAUCAGUGUUCCGAGUGAGAUUUCCGCCAGCGUAGUCUUGAUCCAGUAUUGGACAGACAUCAAUGCGGCUGUGUGGGUGACUAUCCUCAUCGUAGUCUCCGUGGUGGUCGCUAUCUCGUUCAUUCGCGUCUAUGGUGAGAUCGAGUUUAUCUUCGCCAUAUUGAAGAUCCUCCUCGUAAUUUUCGUGGUGAUUCUGGGCCUGGUGAUUGACCUGGGUGGUGUGCCUGGGGUCCCACGAAAGGGAUUCCACUAUUGGAAAGAACCUGGACCAUUCGUCGAGUACAUCACCACCGGUUCUUGGGGCCACUUCCUUGGCUUUUGGGCUGUCAUGACCAACGCCGUGUAUUCAUUCGCAGGAGUGGAGUCUCUCGCUAUGGCCGCUGCUGAGACAAGGAAUCCACGCCAAAAUAUCCCAAAGGCUUGCAAGAGGGUCUUUGCGCGUGUGUCCAUAUUCUAUCUUGCUGCAGUGCUUAUCGUUGGCAUGUUGGUCUCUAGUGCGGAUGAGCGUCUCGGCAAUGACUCCGGUACUGCGGCAACAAGUCCCUUUGUCAUUGCUGCCGGUGAUGCAGGCAUCAAGGCUAUCCCGUCUGUUGUGAACGCUGUCUGCUUGACUUCUGCGUGGUCUGCUUCCAAUCAGAGUAUCUUGGCAGGAACAAGAACCUUAUACGGUCUCGCCAUUAAGGGCCAUGCCCCUAAGAUUUUCCUGCGGACUAGCAAGUGGGGUGUGCCUUACAUGUGUGUAUUGCUGCAGGUUGUUUUCUCUCUUCUUGCCUACAUGUGCGUCUCUAAUGGCGCCAUGAAUGUCUUUUGGUGGUUCGUUGAUUUGACAGCUGCUGGUACGUUGGUCUCGUGGAUCACUAUCGCGCUGAACCAUAUUCGGCUUCUACAAGCGAUGGACAAACAGGGCAUUCCUGUUACAGCUUUGCCGUGGCACAAUCGGAUUACUAGAUACACCAGUUGGUUCGCGUUGAUCUCCUGCGUUAUUAUCCUCUUGACUGGAGGAUUUGUGGUUUUCACCAAAGGAAACUGGGAUCCAGCCUCAUUUGUGUCAUCUUAUCUCGAUAUUCCCCUUGUUCUUCUUGCAUAUGGGGGUUACAAACUAAUCCGUCGGACCGAGAUUAUACCACUCAGCCAAGUGCCUGUGCAACUGGCAAUUGACGAAGCAAAUAACGACCCAGACAACGUGCCAAUCAAGAAAGACAGCAUUUGGGCGAAGAUGAAUAUUCUUUGGGGAUGA